AACCGAGCUUGAUGUUGAGGCGUGUUGAGCUUUAGUUGAGCUUCUUGGGCUAUCCAUUCCCAUCCACCCAUCCCCACGAAUGAAGAACAAGAACGAUAUUGCACAUAUUACAUCACCCCGAAGCCCGGUCAUUCUCUUCGUUGUCCAUUUCUUCUCUCCUCCCCCCCAAUUCUCUGUUUUCAUCCUCUCUGUAAUACCCAUCCCAUCUCAUCUCCAAGAAGUCGCCCUUGCCCUGACUUGAUUGGCACUUCCCCAACUAGUCCCGCAAGGACAAACUUUUCUAGCCUCCCUUAAUUCCAGAGUCUCUACUUUUUCAGCUGGCGAAGCAUCAACACCUGCUCGUCUUUUACGAGCUUUGAUACCCUCAAAAUGGUUGCCGUCAAUGGGAAGAGUGCAUCGAAUGGCACAGUCCCAGUCAUGAUCGCGCCAUCAUACGCAGAAAAGCACAAGCUGGCCGACCAUUUUAUUGGCGGAAACAAAUUGGCAAAUGCAGCCCCCAGUCCUGUAAAGGACUUUGUUGCAAAUAACGAUGGGCAUACGGUCAUUACCAAUGUGAGUUGUCGAUGCUAAUCUUGGUGGAUUACGGGAAUACAGUCUGACAGCGAGGCAGGUUUUGAUUGCCAACAAUGGUAUUGCCGCGGUCAAGGAGAUCCGAUCAGUGCGAAAAUGGGCCUACGAGACCUUUGGAGACGAGCGAGCUAUUCAGUUUACCGUCAUGGCAACUCCGGAAGAUUUGGCCGCAAACGCAGACUAUAUUCGAAUGGCUGAUCAAUAUGUCGAAGUACCCGGAGGAACAAACAACAACAACUACGCCAAUGUGGAGCUCAUUGUCGACGUUGCGGAGCGUAUGAACGUCCACGCAGUAUGGGCAGGAUGGUGAGUAGUGGAGUUCUCACUCUCUGGAAAACAAAAACUUAUUUUCUCUAGGGGCCAUGCUUCAGAAAACCCAAAAUUACCCGAGUCGUUAGCAGCCUCACCCAAAAAGAUCGUCUUUAUUGGCCCUCCUGGAUCUGCCAUGCGAUCUCUGGGAGACAAGAUUUCUUCGACGAUUGUUGCACAACACGCUAAAGUCCCUUGCAUACCUUGGUCUGGAACUGGUGUGGACGAGGUUCAAGUCAACGAGGACGGCAUUGUCACUGUCGAAGACGAGGUUUAUAAGAAGGGAUGUGUUCAAUCCUGGCAAGAAGGUCUUGAGAAGGCCCUGGCAAUUGGCUUUCCUGUGAUGAUUAAAGCCUCAGAAGGAGGUGGUGGAAAGGGUAUCCGAAAGGCAGAUAGCGAAGAAGGCUUCGAGGCUCUUUAUAAAGCUGCUGCAAGCGAAAUUCCCGGAUCUCCAAUUUUCAUCAUGAAGCUUGCAGGCAAUGCUAGACAUUUGGAGGUUCAGUUGUUGGCUGAUCAGUACGGAAAUAACAUCUCGCUUUUUGGCAGAGAUUGUUCAGUUCAGCGAAGACAUCAGAAGAUUAUUGAAGAAGCUCCGGUCACAAUCGCGAAACAGCCAACUUUCCAGGCAAUGGAAAAGGCAGCUGUUCGUCUGGGUCGUCUCGUAGGUUACGUUUCGGCGGGUACUGUCGAGUAUCUAUAUUCCCAUGCCGACGACAAGUUCUACUUUUUGGAACUCAACCCCAGAUUGCAGGUCGAGCAUCCAACGACCGAGAUGGUCAGUGGUGUAAACUUGCCUGCAGCCCAACUUCAAGUUGCUAUGGGUUUGCCACUCCAACGUAUUCGCGACAUCAGAUUACUAUACGGCGCAGAUCCUUCGACUGCAACAGAAAUCGACUUUGACUUUUCCAAGGAAAAUAGUUCCCUUACUCAGCGCAGACCCACACCAAAGGGUCAUACCACUGCCUGCCGUAUUACAUCGGAAGACCCAGGAGAAGGAUUCAAGCCUUCAAACGGAAAGAUGACGGAAUUGAACUUCAGAAGUAGUUCUAAUGUCUGGGGUUACUUUUCCGUGGGAACGGCUGGAGGUAUCCACAGCUUUUCCGACAGUCAAUUUGGUCACAUUUUCGCUUAUGGCGAGAACCGUGCAGCAUCAAGAAAACACAUGGUUGUUGCCCUGAAGGAAUUGAGCAUUCGUGGUGAUUUCCGAACCACAGUAGAAUAUUUGAUCAAGUUAUUGGAGACUCCUGCGUUUGAGGACAAUACGAUCACUACAGGUUGGCUCGAUGAGCUUAUUUCCAAGAAGUUGACUGCCGAGCGACCUGAUCCCAUGUUGGCCGUCGUUUGUGGUGCUGUCACCAAAGCCCACAUUGCCAGCGAGGCAUGCAUUUCUGAUUACCGAACAAGCUUGGAGAAGGGUCAAGUUCCUGCCAAGGAUAUCCUUAAGACCGUGUUCCCAAUCGACUUUAUCUAUGAUGGUCAUCGUUACAAGUUCACCGCUACGCGUUCAAGCCUGGAUAGCUACCAUCUGUUCAUCAACGGCUCAAAAUGCUCAGUUGGUGUUCGGGCUCUUAGCGAUGGGGGAUUACUAGUUCUGCUUAGCGGUCGAAGUCACAAUGUCUAUUGGAAGGAGGAGGUCGGUGCUACUCGCUUGAGUGUUGAUAGCAAGACUUGUCUGUUGGAACAAGAGAACGAUCCCACUCAACUAAGAACACCUUCACCAGGAAAGCUGGUCAAAUUCACCGUCGACAAUGGGGAGCAUGUCAAGGCAGGUCAGCCAUUUGCCGAGGUUGAAGUCAUGAAGAUGUAUAUGCCCCUCCUUGCACAAGAGGAUGGUAUCGUGCAGCUCAUCAAACAGCCAGGAGCUACCCUUGAGGCCGGUGAUAUCCUAGGUAUACUUUCUCUUGAUGACCCAUCCAGAGUCAAGCACGCACAGCCAUUCUUGGGCCACCUUCCAGAUCUUGGACCACCUCAAGUUGUUGGUACCAAACCUUCCCAAAGAUUUCUGUUGCUUCAUACCAUUUUGAAGAACAUUCUUGAUGGUUUCGACAAUCAAGUCAUCAUGACAUCCACUCUGAAGGACUUGAUCGACGUUCUUCGUGACCCUGAGCUUCCUUACAGCGAGUGGAACGCACAAUUUUCUGCUCUCCACGCAAGAAUGCCUCAACGUCUAGACGCAAUCUUCACACAGAUUGUUGAAAGAGCUCGAGCUCGAAAGGGCGAAUUUCCAGCAAAGAAUCUUCAAAAGGCACUUGCCAAGUUUAUCGAAGAAAGUGUUUCUCCUGAGGAUGUUGAUCUGUUGAAGGCUGCUCUUGAACCUCUCAUUGAAGUCAUGGACCGAUACGCUGAAGGAGCCAAAAUUCAUGAAUUGUCUGUCUUUUCCGGUCUCCUGCAGCAAUACGCAGCUGUCGAACGACUCUUUUCUGGUAGAACCUCUCGUGAUGAGGAAGUCGUCCUGAAAUUGAGAGAUGAGAACAAAGAGGACAUCACCAAGGUCAUACAAACCGUACUUUCCCAUAGCAGAAUCGGUUCCAAGAACAAUCUUAUCUUGGCAAUUCUUGAAGAGUACAGACCUAACAAGCCAAAUGCUGGUAAUGUCGCCAAGUACUUUCGCCCUGCACUCAAGAAACUCACCGAAUUGGAGUCGAGACAAACAGCCAAGGUUUCUUUGAAAGCUCGCGAGGUCCUCAUUCAGUGUGCUCUCCCCUCUCUGGAGGAGCGUGCUGCUCAGAUGGAGCACAUUCUACGCUCAUCUGUUGUCGAAUCAAGAUAUGGUGAGACCGGAUGGGAACACCGUGAGCCAGACCUGGAGGUUCUCAAGGAGGUUGUAGACUCGAAGUACACUGUAUUUGAUGUACUUCCUAUCUUCUUCGGCCACCAAGACCCGUGGGUCUCCCUCGCCGCUCUCGAGGUCUAUAUCAGAAGAGCCUAUCGUGCGUAUUCGUUGAAGCAGAUCGAGUACCACAAUGAUUCUGCUGAGCCACCAUUCAUUGUCUCCUGGGACUUCGUUUUGCGCAAGGUUGGAGCUUCAGAGUUUGGCAUGCCAAUUCAAUCAUCUGCUCCAUCCACACCAGCAACCCCAUCAUAUGAAGGUUCCAAUCCAUUCAAGAGAAUUAGCUCCAUCAGUGAUAUGUCAUACUUGGUCCAGAAGAGCGACCACGAGCCAACCAGAAAGGGUGUUAUUGUUCCUGUGCAAUACCUUGAUGAGGCAGAGGAAUACCUUGCUCGGGCACUGGACGUGUUCCCCCUCGCCGGAAGCAAAAAGAAGUCAUCGAACGGCCUUAUGCCAGAGUUGGGCGGCAAGCGAAAGCCUACUGCACCCAAGGUUGAAAGCAUCGACGAGCUCACCGCCGUCUGCAACGUUGCGGUCCGCGAUGCCGAAAGUCUUGACGAUGCUGAGACCCUCGCAAGAAUCAAUUUGAUCGUCAAGGAUUACAAAGACGAACUUUUGGCACGCCGUAUUCGACGAUUGACUUUCAUUUGUGGCCAUAAGGAUGGAUCUUAUCCAGGAUACUUCACAUUCCGUGGUCCCGAGUACGAGGAAGACCAGAGUAUUCGUCACAGCGAGCCAGCCUUGGCUUUCCAGCUUGAGUUGGGAAGACUCUCACGAUUCUCAAUCAAACCAGUAUUCACUGAGAACCGAAACAUCCACAUCUACGAAGCCAUUGGAAAGGAAGUCGAAGGUGACAAGCGUUACUUUACUCGUGCUGUGGUUCGUCCAGGAAGACUUCGUGAUGAGAUUCCAACUGCCGAGUAUCUCAUUUCAGAGUCGGAUCGACUCAUGAAUGAUAUCUUGGACGCUCUAGAGAUUAUCGGUAACAAUAACUCCGAUCUCAACCACAUCUUCAUCAAUUUCUCACCGGUAUUCCCUCUUCAACCACCAGAGGUUGAGAAGGCACUUGGCGGUUUCUUGGAACGAUUUGGUCGCCGUCUCUGGCGCCUUCGCGUCACUGGUGCUGAAAUCCGUAUCAUUUGCACAGAUCCAGAAACUGGCAUGCCAUAUCCUCUUCGUGUUGUCAUUUCAAACACUUCCGGAUAUGUCAUUCAAGUCGAGAUGUACGCUGAGCGAAAGUCCGAAAAGGGUGGCGAGUGGGUUUUCCACAGCAUUGGCGGCACAACUAAGAUUGGAGCGAUGCAUUUGAGACCCGUCAGCACUCCAUACCCAACCAAGGAGUGGUUGCAACCAAAGAGAUACAAGGCACAUCUCAUGGGUACUCAAUAUGUCUACGAUUUCCCAGAGCUCUUCAGACAAGCCAUCCAAAACAGCUGGGUCAAGGCUGUGCGUAAGCAUUCAUCCCUGGCUGAAAAGCAACCACCUCAAGGCGAAUGUAUUGACUACAGCGAACUUGUUCUGGACGACCAGGACAAUCUCGCCGAGGUUUUCCGCGAGCCAGGCACCAAUACGCAUGGUAUGGUUGGUUGGAUUGUGACUGCAAAAACACCAGAAUAUCCACGUGGCCGCAAGUUCAUUAUCAUUGCCAACGAUAUUACAUUCAAGAUUGGAAGUUUCGGACCCAAAGAGGAUCAAUUCUUCUACAAGUGCACUGAGCUUGCCAGAAAAUUGGGCAUCCCACGAAUCUAUCUUUCUGCCAAUUCCGGUGCUCGUAUUGGUAUGGCCGAUGAACUCGUACCACACUUCAAUGUCGCUUGGAAUGACCCUGAGAAGCCUGAGUCUGGUUUCAAAUACAUCUACUUGAACGCCGAUGCUAAGAAGCGUUUUGAGGAUGGAAAGAGAAAGGAUGUUAUCACUGAAGAGAUCACUGAGGAUGGUGAGACCAGAUACAAGAUCACUACCAUUGUUGGUGCAGAGGAUGGACUUGGAGUUGAAUGUCUGAAGGGAUCUGGUCUCAUUGCCGGUGCCACUAGCAGAGCCUACGAGGACAUCUUUACUAUCACCUUGGUAACAUGUCGAUCAGUUGGGAUUGGUGCCUACUUGGUUCGUCUGGGCCAACGUGCUAUCCAAAUCGAGGGUCAACCAAUUAUCUUGACGGGUGCACCAGCCAUCAACAAACUUCUUGGACGCGAAGUGUAUACUUCCAAUCUCCAACUUGGUGGUACACAGAUCAUGUACAAGAAUGGUGUCUCCCACAUGACCGCGAACGAUGAUUUCGAAGGUGUUUCUAAGAUUGUCGAGUGGAUGGCAUUCGUCCCCGACAAGCGAAACAACCCACUUCCUAUCGGACCAGCUGUUGAUUCAUGGGAUCGAGACAUUCUCUACACUCCACCACCUAAGGCGCCAUAUGAUGUCAGAUGGUUGAUUGGAGGUAAGGAAGAUGACGAGGGAUUUAUGCCAGGUCUCUUCGACAAGGACUCCUUCGUUGAAACCCUCGGUGGUUGGGCCAAGACAGUUGUUGUAGGUCGUGCUCGCCUCGGUGGCAUCCCAAUGGGUGUCAUUGCUGUCGAAACUCGUUCAGUGGAGAAUAUCACCCCAGCUGAUCCCGCAAACCCUGACUCCAUUGAACAAGUCGCCAACGAGGCUGGUGGUGUUUGGUAUCCAAACUCGGCUUUCAAGACCGCCCAAGCUAUCAAGGACUUCAACAAUGGUGAACAAUUGCCAUUGAUGAUUCUUGCGAAUUGGAGAGGUUUCUCUGGUGGUCAGCGCGAUAUGUACAAUGAGGUCCUCAAGUACGGAUCUUACAUUGUUGAUGCUCUAUCGAAAUACGAGCAACCAGUCAUAAUCUACAUUCCACCAUUCGGUGAAUUGCGUGGUGGUUCAUGGGUAAGUUUUGUUCUUUUGCAAAUUGGAGUUCAACCGCUAAUUGUUGCAGGUUGUCGUUGACCCUACCAUUAACCCAGAGUACAUGGAAAUGUACGCUGAUGAGGAUGCACGUGGUGGUGUCUUGGAGCCAGAGGGUAUUGUCAACAUCAAGUACAGACGAGACAAGCAACUGGAUACCAUGGCUCGUCUGGAUCCUGAAUACGCUGCUCUUCGAAAACAACUCGCCGACAAGUCAUUGUCCCAAGAUCAAUUGAGCGAGGUCAAGGUCAAGGCCAACGCACGCGAGCAACUUCUUCUGCCUGUUUACCAGCAAAUCUCCUUGCAGUUUGCCGACCUUCAUGAUCGUGCUGGACGAAUGAAGGCAAAGAAUGUUAUUCGACAGCCAAUUGUCUGGAGAGAUGCACGUAGAUUCUUCUACUGGCGUGUACGCCGUCGUGUGAAUGAGGAGUAUAUCAUGAAGCGCAUGGCUUCUGCUUCUCCCAAGAACCCUCUUUCAUCCAGAGCUCGUCAUCGGGAGAUCCUCGCCGCCUGGACAGGUAUCCCCAACUUCGCAAACGACGAUAGAGAUGUUGCCAUGUGGUAUGAGGAGAACCGAAAGACUGUUCAUGACAAGGUUGAAGUAUUGAAGACGGAAGGUGUUGCUUUCGAUGUUGCUAGCUUAUUGAGAAGCAACAAGAAGGGUGGCUUGAAGGGAGUUCAACAGAUGCUGAGCAUGUUGCCAGCGACCGAGCGAGAGGAAGCUUUGAAAUUUUUGUCACAAACUUAG